UUUGGCCCUGUUUCUGGUUCUUCAAUUUUUAGUCUUUCCAUGGUUUUUACAAUAAAAGGGUGAUUUUCUUAUGUGGACAGUAGUUGUAUUUGGAUUGUAAGGAACAAAAAGCAGAAGAUUUUUCAUAUGGGUUUUUGUCUGGUUCUUCAGUUUUUACUCUUUCCCUAAUUUUUUGAAGGAAAGGGUUAUUUUCUUAUGUGUGCAGUAGCUGUAUUUGGAUUCUAAGGAGCCAAAAGCAGAAGAUUUUUCAAAUGGGUUUUUCAUAUUUUUGAGUCCAGCAUCUGGGUCUAUGCUGGUUUUGGAUUUUGAUGCAAGAGAAGAGGGAGAGAGAGAAGUGGGUUGAUUUUCAACUUUUACAUAUAGUGUACCCAAGGGCGAAGAAGGUUAGGGAACAAGAACAAGAACAAGAUAGCCAUAUCUCUCUGCAAAAUGAAAGUCCCUCCAUGCCCAUGGUGCUGUUGAAGGUUCUUGAGUCACUUUCUUCACAUAAUUCCCAUCCCCAUGUGAAGGAGAAGAGAAGUAAUGCCCCACCAUCAGCUGCCAAAAUCCCAAAGAGCUGUGUCAAAAACUUAGCAGCUGUGAGGUCCCCACCAAUUCCUGUGUCAUCCAAAGGGAUAGGGAGGAAUGACAAGCACACUGGAGAGGAUGAGAAACAGAGUGGCAGAGCUUGUUCAGUGCCACGCCCUCGAGCUGUUUUAUCUAGUCCUGACAACGAUGGGAUGAUUGGAAAUCAGAACAAGCUGAUCGGCAAAAGUCGCUCAAUUCCAAAAGAACAGAGUUUGAAACAGAACCGCCAUGUCCAAAUUAAGGAGAUUCCAAUCCAUGGCAAAGCAGGAAGUCCUCCAAUCAUGAGAAAAAGGGAGGCUCCAAAUACUAAUAGCAGACUCAAGCAGAGAAACUCUAGUGAGCCACCACAUCUGGGACAGAAACCACGUCCUAGAAGAGUAGAAAGCUCCAUUAGAGUCUGAAGCAGAUGAAACUUCCUUUGGAUUGCUCUUCAUAUGCUGAUUCAGAGGCUUUAUUAUUUGAAAAGGCCUAACAGGUUGAUUUUCUAGUGAAUGUGUCAUGUUAUGGGGGGUUGUAGAAAAAAUCAUGUCAAUGAAAUUAUAUUGCCUUUUUUUCUUUUGUUGUAAACACCUCAAAGGACUUUCUAUAGAGUCACUUAACCUUAAUUUUUGUGAAUUUAUUCUCAAUGUUAAUGGUGAAGCCAAGCAUUGUAGAGGUUGAUUGUAGUAUCCCAAUAAUACAUACGAUGAUAUAAUUUUCACCAUGGUCAAA